AUGCUACAGAGCCGUAACAAUAACGGAACGUGUACAAUACCGAUUCUAGAAAUAUUCACUAACUCCGCUCGCUAUAAAACACGCAUUAGUUUCGCUGAAAGUGUUACGCAGGAAAGCCUCUUUGUGGAAGUGCGUUGUCAGAACAUAUCGAUUGUCAGGUUGAAGGGCGCACCUUGCAUAUUGCGUUAUAUAACUAAGGAGUAA